ACUGCAUACAAAACCUAAACACUUCACUCCACCAGUGUAGCAGAAAGGACAGAUCUACGAUUCUCUCGGGAUACCAGCGAUGGCUUCAUCAUCAUCUUCUUCAGAAGGUAAAAAUGACGAGAGGGAGCCGGCGACUUCCAAGUUGAAGAAGGAAAGAUUAGGAUGGAUGGAGUGGCUUAGAGGUUGGUUCUAUUUGGCAUACGAGAUGCUUUUUCAGAGAAUAAUGGCGUCUCAUUUGCAGAAUCCGAUGCCUUUGCCUCCCCUCAACGAUCUCACUUGCAUCAUUACCGGAUCCACCAGUGGGAUUGGCCGAGAAACUGCCAGACAGCUGGCAGAAUCAGGGGCACAUGUUGUUAUGGCUGUUAGAAAUACCAAGGCAGCCCAUGACCAGAUCAAGAAAUGGCAGGAUGAAUGGUCUGGAAGAGGGCUUCCUCUCAAUAUUGAGGUGAUGGAACUGGAUCUUCUCUCCUUGGCUUCUGUUGUAAGAUUUUCCAAGGCAUGGAAUGCACGAUCAGGACCUUUACAUGUGCUGAUAAACAACGCAGGAAUAUUUUCUAUAGGAGAACCACAAAAGUUUUCAAAAGAUGGAUAUGAAGAACACAUGCAAGUGAAUCACCUGGCUCCAGCACUGCUUUCAGUGUUGCUCCUUCCAUCUCUUAUAAGAGGUUCCCCUAGUCGAAUUGUAAACGUGAACUCAAUUAUGCAUCAAGUUGGAUUUGUGGACACAGAAGAUAUGAAUGUUGUUUCAGGGAAAAGAAAGUUCACAAGUUUAGUUGGUUACUCAAGCAGCAAAUUAGCACAGGUGAUGUUUAGUAAUGUUCUCCACAAAAAGUUACCUGGUGAAGCUGGCAUAAGUGUAGUAUGUGUAUCUCCAGGAAUAGUUCAGACUAAUGUGGCGAGGGAUCUUCCCAAAAUUGUUCAGGCUGCUUAUCGCCUAAUCCCCUAUUUUAUCUUCAGUGCUGAAGAAGGUUCUAGAAGCUCUCUUUUUGCGGCUACUGAUCCACAAAUCCCGGAGUAUUGUGAAAUGCUGAAAGCGGAUGAAUGGCCGGUUUCUGCUUUUAUUUCUCAAGAAUGUCACCCUACAAACCCUUCUGAAGAAGCUUAUAAUGUGGAAACUUGUUUCAAAGUGUGGGAAAAGACAUUAGAAUUGGUGGGACUUCCUUUGGAUGCAGUAGAGAGGCUUAUACAAGGGGAAGAGAUCUCCUGCAAAUUUGGACCCCACGAGAAUCAGGAUUAAAAAAAAACACGUCUCUUAUUCAUUUUUGUUCACCACACACAUAGACACGCCAAUACAACAAAAUCAAAGUGUUUUGCUGUUUGGCUUUGUUGUAGCAGAUCAUUGGCUUUGCAUGAUUUUUGUUUUUGUUUUUGGGUUGGUG